AUGAACUCUAGUGACGAGGACGAGCGGUUUUUGUAUGGCUCAGAUGAAGAAGGGGCGGAAGCUGUGUCACCUUCUGAGAACAAGAAUAAGAGACCGCUAACGCAACCCAAUGACGAAGAGGAAACCAAGAAGCCCAAGGUAGACAGCACUGAGGAUAAUGCGGCCUCGAGCAGUAGUAGCGAUGAAAAUUCUAGCGAAAAUGAAGAGUCAGACGAGGACUCUGACGUCGAAUUCAUCAUCGGUGUCGGGGCGGAUAGCUCGAAGCUGGAUUCCAAGAAAGACUCUGCAACCGCCGCAUCAGGACCAAAACCAACAACGAUCGCACCCCCUGCUACAAAUAUAGGCUCCGCUGCUGUGGAGACGGAAGCCACUGCAGGGCUGAGUACAGCUGCAGUUGAUGCGGACGCAGGAACCUCGGCCGCUCCUGGGACUGAGCGUCUACCGGCCAUCGACCUCAACGCAGUUGGCAAGCUUGGCGACCAGCCAAUAACAGACAUUGACCCAGAGGUUCUCAAAGAAAAACCGUGGAGGCAGCCAGGCGCAAAUAUCAGUGACUAUUUUAACUACGGUUUCAACGAACAAACGUGGAUGGAGUACCUGCAUAAACAAGAAAAGCUACGCGCAGAGUACAAUCCCCACAAAAUGCUUAUGGGGCUACUGGCCCUGCAACAGCAAGGAAAGCUCAACGACUCAGGGUCCGACAGUAUGGGACAGGAAAAUGCGCCAGCGGCUAUGGCUCCACCUGCUUUCCCCAUGGGCAUGCCCCCCAUGUUUGGCGGAUUUCCUUUCCCAUUCCCUGGCAUGAUGAACAAUAUGAACCCACAGCAAAAAAAGUAG